UUGCUGUUUAAGGAGCUCGAGAUGAGAGACCCAUCGUAUUGCCACGUGCACGCGCUGUCCGGUUAAGUCACACACUCAGCAGUUCGGGGAAGUUUUCGAAACUUUUCAAGCGUCAUUCAACGCGGAUCCUACAGAAAUCAGUCUCAUUAUUACCCCACACGGGUUUGUGCCAUAAAUUGUCAGGCUGGAUUUGCCCGACCCUAGAAGCUGGUGGAGCGGGAGAAAAUCGUGGAGGACCGAGAGGCGUACCGCACGAGGGGUCAGCAUGACGGUGGAUUCGGUUGAGCCCGUGCACACGUCUCGCUCUUACGUGGAUGUGACCGAGCAGGACGGCAGCGAGCGGGUGUUCAUCAACGUGUCCGGGCUGCGCUUCGAGACGCAACUCAAGACGCUCUCCCGCUUCCCGGACACACUGCUGGGUGACCCGCACAAACGCACACGGUUUUUUGACCCGGUCCGGAACGAGUACUUCUUCGACCGGAACCGGACGAGUUUCGACGCUAUUCUGUACUACUACCAAUCCGGGGGGAAGCUCCGCCGACCUCUGAACGUACCGGUAGAAAUUUUCAUGGACGAGAUCAAGUUUUAUGAAAUCGACGAGCCCGUGAUACAGAGAUUCAUCGACGAUGAAGGCCUCAGUAAAGAGGACGAGCGCCCGAUGCCCACUAACGAGUUAAUGCGGCAGGUUUGGCUCCUGUUCGAAUAUCCCGACAGCUCGCGUGGGGCCAGAUUGAUCGCCAUUGUGUCAGUGAUGGUAAUCAUAGUAUCAAUUAUCAUCUUCUGCUUGGAAACGUUACCAGAGUUCAGAGAGACCGGCGAUGAGCCGAACAGACACGCAACAAUUAACGGGACGACCGAAGAAGCCUGGAAUAGCAACAUGUUCACCGACCCGUUCUUCCUGCUCGAGACGCUGUGCAUCGCCUGGUUUUCCUUCGAGAUGUUCAUGAGGUUCAUAUCGUGUCCAGACAAGUCCGCUUUCUAUAAAGACAUCAUGAACACUAUUGAUAUUAUAGCAAUCGUGCCGUACUUCGUAACUCUUGGUUUGGAGCUCGCGGAGCACCGAGCGAACGCGCAGCAAGCCGCAUCCUUGACCGUGCUCAGAGUCGUGCGUCUCGUGCGCGUCUUCCGCAUUUUUAAACUCUCGCGCCAUUCGAAAGGACUUCAAAUCCUGGGCCAAACGCUGCAUGCCAGCAUGCGCGAACUGGGACUGCUCAUCUUUUUCCUCAUCAUUGGCAUCGUCCUGUUCUCCAGCGCGGUUUUCUUCGCUGAGGUGGACGACCCCGGAUCGAGCUUCACCAGCAUCCCGGAGUCGUUUUGGUGGGCUGUAGUUACCAUGACUACGGUGGGAUACGGGGACAUGAGUCCCGUCACGUUCGGUGGUAAAAUCGUUGGUUCAAUGUGUGCCGUGGCCGGUGUACUCACUAUUGCCCUGCCCGUGCCUGUCAUUGUGUCCAACUUCAGCUAUUUCUACCACCGGGAAAACAGCGAGGAGGAUAACAAAACGUACACGCACGUAACCUGCGGCCGCCCGGUGGCCUCGUAUGAUGAAAACAGCUUACAUAAAGGCGGAUACACUUUUAUUAAAUCAGAGUGCACGGGAAAUAAAAAAGAUGACGAUAAUUUUUCUAUGUAUUGUAAUUUAAAUUUUGAUGAAUACACAGGGAAGCUGACAGAUGUGUGAGACCACCCCAUCCAAAACUAACAAACAAUCAAUCAAACAAACAACUAAAUAGCAUUUCAAGAGUGGCUUUAGAGCAGUGGUUCUCAAAGUGGGGUCUGGGUUCCUUAGGGGUCGAUAUUUAUAUAUAGGAUUUAUAAUUUUUUGUUAUUCAUAGUGACAGAAAUAAAAGUCCAUUAUAAAACCUACCUAAAUCCAGUAUAGUCUGAAACAAUUAGAAAAUAUUUUGAAAAACAAACACAUAUAGAAUUACACAUACAGUAUUAAAGAAAGUGGAAAACAAUUGCAAGGAUGGAUUACCAGUUUGUCAGCUCAGCAUGUGUUUUGGUAAGUUGUAUUAUUAUUACGUUUUUAGAGUUAUUAACCGAUUUAUCUGGUUCUUUUGAAUUAAAUGAGUUUAAUAAAAAUCUCAGUAACUCAAAAACAUGUAGGCCUAUAAAUCUUGGACAUAAUGUGUGUUCUGUGGGUGGAAAGGUCAGGAAUAAACAAUCUAUGACUCCAAUAAUAGCCAAAACAUUUCGUACACAUUAAAGUAAUAAACAUAAUAUUUAAGCAGUUGGAUUAUGUUCCUGGAAUAAAUCUAGACUUGGAAUUGGUUUCUGGAAUUGGUUUUACAGUUGAAGAAAGCCUAAAUUAAUUAACAUUCAUCUGAAAAGAGUUAAAGAACCCUUUCAGAAAAAGGUACCACACUAUUCCUUGAUGAAUGUUUCAUAGUUUAUGGUGUGGUACAUUUAAGCAUACAGUAUUAUAUCUAUAGAUAGUAAGGUGUGGCUUUGAAGCUUUACUUUAAAGCUAUUUAGGUACAUUAAUGCUUUUCCAUAAGGCUCUUACACCUUAUGAUUUAAAAAAAUAUCACUUCCACAUUACCUGGUGAAAGAUAAUUAUCAAAGGAACAAAUGUUAUCUUUAUGGUUAUUACCCUAGUGAUAAAAAAAAAAGAUUUUUUUUCCUGAAACUGUACUUUUUGUAUAGUUGGGAUAUUUUCAUGAAAUAUAGGUGUAUAUAGAUUUUACAGUUUAAAGAGUACCUGGCUUAAAUUAGAGGGCUGAUUUAUAAAUGUCAGUCUAAGGUUAAAAUGAUGAAUGUUACUGAAUUUGAGAACAAAGCAUUUCUAUUAAAAUCAUGGCUUAUUUGGUAACCUUCCCAUCAAAUCCAUGUGUGAAGCCUGUGUUACAGGAAAUCUAUGUGAAUUCCAGGAAUAAGUGUGAGAAAUGAGCAGUUUUCAUGAGAAACCAAUGGAAAUGUUUUUUUAUGUUUAUGUAAAAUGAGUGAGUUAACACAUUUGAUUUAUAUGCUGAUAUAAAGAAG